CUCUCCCUCAAACAAUUCCCGAAGUAGGCUGGCGUUAAAAAUCAUGUCAUUUCUCAUUGGUCUUUCAUCCCGUUUCUUCCUGUCUUCCGUCCGCAAAGUCCCCCGAAUCCCGAAUUUGCUGAAUGAAUUACCGGAAGUCCCGUUAUUCCGCCGCCGUCCCUCCCCCUCUUUCCGGCGGGCGCAGCGUACGCGUUUAGUUCAUUCGGUUGCCGUGUCAGUGGAGCAGCCGCUUCGUAGAGUACCUCGUAGUGACUGUGGUGCGCGUAGAAGGUUCUGUUUUCUCGCCAAGGAGUCCGCAAUGCCCACUGGGAAGCCGUUCGAGAGGCUGCCGGAGACGGUCAGACCCAAACACUACGUGCUGGAGCUGGUGCCGGACUUGAAAGCACUCAACUUCGACGGAAAUGCUGCCGUGCAAAUUGAGGUUGUGAAGCCAACAAACGAGAUCGUACUUAACGCCAUCGACUUAGAAAUCAAAGAGACGACUUUAAAAGGUGCCGAUGUCUUAACUCCCAUCUCGACAAACUUUUCCGUCGAAGAUGAAACCGUAACAUUUAAUUUCGCCAAAUCAAUCUCUCCCGGUUCUUAUUCGCUAAAUAUGCGAUUCAAAGGCGAACUCAACGACAAAAUGAAAGGUCUCUAUCGAAGCAAAUAUCAGAACCAAAAAGGCGAGGAACGCUACGCUGCCGUCACUCAAUUCGAGGCCACCGACGCUCGCCGGUGCUUCCCCUGUUGGGACGAACCGGCCCUUAAAGCCACCUUCGAUAUAACACUCACCGUUCCCAAAGAUCUAGUCGCUUUGAGCAACAUGCCUGUUAAACAAUCGAAAGAAGAGGGCGAUUUGAUUCGGUAUGAUUUCGCGACGACUCCCAUCAUGUCGACUUAUUUGGUUGCUUGUGUGGUUGGGGAGUACGACUACGUGGAGGAUAAGUCGACAGAUGGGGUGCAAGUGAGGGUUUACACCCCACGAGGGAAGAAAGAGCAAGGGUUGUUUGCGUUGGAAGUUGCAACGAAAGUGUUACCCUACUAUAAGGACUACUUCAAUAUUGCUUAUCCUUUACCGAAGAUUGAUUUGAUUGCUAUCGCUGAUUUUAGUGCUGGGGCUAUGGAAAAUUGGGGCCUUGUUACUUAUCGCGAGACUUGUCUUUUGGUCGAUCCUCAGAAUACUUCAGCGGUGCAAAAACAGUGGAUUGCGUUAGUGGUGGGUCAUGAAUUGGCCCAUCAAUGGUUCGGAAAUUUGGUUACGAUGGAAUGGUGGACGCAUUUAUGGCUUAAUGAGGGUUAUGCCUCAUUUGUUGAAUAUUUAUGCGUCGAUCAUUUGUUCCCCGAGUAUGAUAUUUGGACGCAAUUUGUCAAUGAUACUUAUAUAAGGGCAUUGGAGUUGGAUUGUUUGAAAAAUUCACACCCUAUUGAAGUUCCAGUGGGGCACCCGUCGGAAAUCGAUGAGAUUUUCGACGAUAUCAGUUAUAAUAAAGGCGCGUCGGUUAUCCGAAUGUUGCAUAAUUACAUCGGAGAUGAGGAUUUCCGAAAAGGGAUGAAUUUGUACUUAACUAAACACCAGUAUAAGAAUACCUUCACGGAGGACCUUUGGGCGGCCUUGGAGGAAGCUUCGAAUAAACCAGUGGGGGCUGUCAUGUCCACUUGGACCAAACAAAUGGGAUUUCCGGUGAUUAAAGUCACAAGUCGACCUGAUAACAACAAGGGAGUCGUUUUGACACUUUCCCAAAGUAAAUAUACGGCUGAUGGAUCAAAACCCCCAGAGGAUUUCUUAUGGAUGAUUCCGGUGUCGAUAAUCACCUCGAAACAAAAAAAUAAGACGAUCAGUACUGUGCUUAAGACGAAAGAAGCCGAGGUUGUGAUUCCGGAUGUGGGUCCAAACGAUUGGAUUAAAGUAAAUCCGGGGACUGUCGGGUUUUACCGGACUCAGUACGCUCCGGAUCUUCUUGCGAAGUUUAUUCCAGCGAUUAAAGACCGGAGUUUGCCACCGUUGGACCGUUUGGGGCUUCUGGAUGAUCUUUUCGCGAUGGUUCAAGCCGGUCAUACGAACACAGUCGAGGUUUUGACACUACUGGAAGCUUUCACCGACGAAACGGACUAUACAGUGUGGUCCUCGAUCAACAAUGUUUUGGUCAAACUAAACAUGUUGUUGAGUUAUACCGACUGUGCAGAGGAUUUUAAAACGUACCAAAAACGCAUUUUGAGCAAAAUAUACAAACGGUUGGGUUGGAACCCCAAGGCCACGGAGCGCCACCUCGACACCCUUCUCCGGGGGUUGGUUUUGGGUCGUUUGUCGUGGCUUGACGACGAGGACACCAUCGCCGAGGCUAAAAAGCGUUUUGAAGGUCACGUCAAUUCUAGUCAAACUUUACCGGCAGAUUUACGAAGUGCCUGUUACAAAACCGUACUUAGAGCAGGGGGCGAAGACGUCUACAACACCCUUUUGAAAUUGUACAGAUCGGUGGAUUUGCAUGAGGAGAAAGAUCGGAUUAGUCGAGCGUUAGGUGCGGCGAAGGACCCUGAGAUCUUGUCGCAAGUCUUGAAAUUCGCCAUAUCGGAGGAAGUAAGGGCGCAAGACACCGUCUUUGUGAUUAUUUCCGUGGCGAUAUCUCGCGUUGGAAGAGACCUCGCGUGGCGAUUUUUCGUCGAUAAUUGGACGCUGUUCAACGAUAGAUAUAAAGGGUUUCUAUUGACGAGAUUGGUGAAGUUCGUAGCUGAGAAUUUCGCCAGUGAGGAGUCGGCGAAGGAGGUUGAGGAGUUUUUCAAAACUCAUGAUAUCUCGGGGACGGAAAGGACAGUUCAGCAAGCCGUUGAGACGAUCAGGUUGAAUGUGGCGUGGUUGAAACGCGAUACAAAUGCCAUAAAGAAUUACCUCACUAGCAACUGAGUUUACUUAAUUUUUUUCUUGUCUGUUUUCUACGAUAAGGAUCGUUUUUGCCAGUGACUGUAACUAUUUGUUUUUAUUAUUUUUUUAAUGUUUUGUAGCAGCGAUACAGUUAGUUGUAAUUGUAAAUUAUCUAAUAAAUGGUGAUUUAUUCACAGUUUUGCUUUA